AUGCCCCCGAAAGACGCAGGCGUAUGUCGGACCCUACCCACACAAGAAUCUCAGCAUUCACCAAAACCAUCUCGGAUAGUUCCUACAGGCCGCGUUAGAGUGGCUCCGGCACUCGCGCAUUUUACCAAGGCCUCAGCAGUAAAACUGUUAUGCUCAAAACCUCCGCUGCAGUAUACAUUACGUAGGAGAUGGGCAUAUCUUCUCCUAUUUAGUCCUCGUCUUCUAAGUCUAGGUUUCGUCUUAGAGCGCUCCUCUCUCGAUCUGCUGUCUCCUUCAGUAGCAUUUCUUAUUCCCAAAAGGAUACCACUACAUUCCACACCUCGUCACUGCCGACAAUUCAAUCACAUAUUACCUCUUUAG